GCGCGCACUCGGGGAGGGAGGGAGGGAGAGAGAGGGGGGCAGCAGAGAGAGAGAACUCGCGACUUCUUCUUCAUCAUCCCCCUCGCUCGCUGCUCCGCUCGAGUCAAAGGGGGUAGGCGGACAUCUCCUCGGCCCACAUCGGUCUCCUCCAGUACAGGAGCCCUGUGGAAGAGACCCCCCCCCCCUAGUCUCGGAUACCCUCUCUAAGAACUCCUUUUGGGACUGAUCUCGACUCUCGAGGAGCGGGGACGACUCUCUCGGAGCCCUGCUAAGGAAGGGAGCCUGCCGAAGGUACCUCUCUCGGACCCCUGCCGGACCCCUGCCGGAGAGGGACCCAUCGCUUCAAGAGAGCUGCAAGUGGGAGGAGCGGGGGUGAGCGGAGACCCCGGGACUGCUACUUGCGGGAACGCGAGGCUGCGUGGAGACUUUGGGGUCCGCAACAGGGGUCCUGACCCCGCUACGACCGGGGGGUCCCGCGACCCUCUCGCCGCUGGGAGGAUGAUGUCUCUGCUGCUUAUCCGAUCUCCGUUUCUCUUCCUCGUGGUACUCGCGUUCACGCAGGAACUCUCCUUUACAGCCGUCCGGUCAGGGCAGGGGUCCCGCGGCUCACCGGGGGGGUGCCGGAACGUCCUGCGGGCCCCGAGCGGGGGGUUCACAUCCCCCGGCUACCCGUCGGCGUACCCGGCCAGCGCACGCUGCCGCUGGGAGCUGCGCGCGCCGCGGGGCUUCGUGGUGCAGCUCACGUUCAGCGACUUCCAGCUGGAGUCACAGGGCGGCUGCCUCUACGACAACAUGACGCUGCUCGACAGCGACGGGCGCGCCCUUGGCACCUUCUGCGGCAUCACGGCCAACCACCUGAGCGUGAACUCGACGGGCAGCUCGCUCACCGUGCUCUUCCAUUCCGACUUCACGGUCUUCAAACGGGGGUUCAGUGCCGUCUACCGCCAAGUGGCUAGCAACAUGCUGAGUAGCAAGGCGCUGUUCAAGAAUAACAGCCUGAAUGAGACUGCGACGUCGCAGGGGAUCCUGAUAAUCAAGGAGGCGUUGACGGUCUGCGUCAAACUUCGCGUCGCCGCAGAGGACAUGAAGCCAAGGCAGUUGUCUACGGUGUUCUCCUACCAGAAAAUAAAAUAUACAAAUUAUGCACUGGGCAUGGACGUGGUGCUGUUGCCUCCUUCCCGUGUGGAUUUUCAUCUUAGCGGGUAUAUUUACGCCUUUUCAAUUCCAGAAGGGAAACAAUUGAGCGGAGGCCACUGGCACAAGCUGUGUGUGACGGCCAACACGAGCUCUAUUUAUUUUUUCCUCAAUGGAACGUAUGUUGGUCAUUUAACAUAUAAUCCGAGAAGUCCCUUGAGUGGAAAUGGAAGCAUCAGCGCCGCUCAAGCCACGACCACCUCCCAGGUUCCCGGGGGAGGCGCCGGCGCGCCGGCAACGACCACAGCGGGCAAAGUCAAGACCAACCACGGUAACACGAACGCGCCCGGUCAAAUAAAAAAAACCCAACCCGGGGCCGACACCGGCAUCGCAGACACCACCUCGAGCAUCACCGCCGCUUCCAACACCUCCUCCUCCUCCGCUGCCGCCGUCAACAACAACAGCGCGUCCGUGCUGCAUUCGUCGAGCCCGCUGGUGAAUGCCGGAGGCAUCCUGUACCUGGGCCGCGGGCAGAACCUGGACGGCACGUUGACGGGAGACAAGGCCUUCAAGGGGGAGCUGUACGCGUUCCGCCUGUGGGGCGAAGCCUUCAACGAGAGCGCCGUGGAGAGCGCCGACUGCGAGUCUCCGGGUGGCGCGCUCGUGGACUGGGUGGACACACACUGGAACUGUUCGCAGGACCUCCUCGUCGAGGACCACAACCUCCCGUGCGGGAACAUGAGUGGCAACGGCUCCCAGCCCAAACCGACAGGAUCUGCACAAACGACGACAUCGCACACCAAUUGCACAGAUGGCAAUGGGUGCAUCACUCGUCCCAAUCCCUACAUCCCGACCUUCGAGGAGAUCAAGAACAUGAACAUCACAGCUGACAACGUGUAUGACGUCGCCCAGGCGCUGUACGCUCGCACGCAGAAGACAGGCGCCCAGUUCAACCAGGAGCAGCUGCAGAUCACGGUGGACACCCUGCAGCGCGCCUUGCAGGUUGGCCUCGUGCAGUCGAACUUGGCCUCGACUAUGUUGGGAGUCAUCAGUAACAUGAUGGACGCACAGGACAGCGAGCUGGCUGCCGUGGCAACCAAGACGCUUCAUACGGUGGACUCGUUGAGUCUGAGUCUGAAUGUGUCGGGGAACAUGAGCGUGUGGGCCACACACCUGCUACUGGCAGUCGCCGAAUCACAGCCCGUGGGGCCCCCACGACCUAUCUUCUUUGGAGUGGGGCCCCAGAACCAGCAGAGCCAGGAUGUGAUCAGCCAUGAGCUGUCGAGCAACUUGCAGAUGUGGGUGCAGCUACCGGCCGCGCUGCUGCAGAGGCACAACAGCAGCCGAGCUCACUUCAACCUGUACAGCAAGACGGGCGGCCUCUUCCCCGCCCCGGGCCUGGUGAGCCCCGUGAUAGCGGCGACGAUCGGCAACGAGAGUCUGGUGAACCUGACGGAGAACGUCACCGUCUCACUCUCCUACAACGUCAGCAAGGCCACUGGGAUGUCAUACAAGUGUGUCUUCUGGAACUUCAACAAGAACGGAGGUCCCGGGUGGAGCCAGGAUGGAUGUGAGGUCAUCAGUUCUAACGCCAGCCAGACCACGUGCAGCUGCAACCACCUCACCCACUUCGGCAUCCUGCUGCAACUCAACGACGACCCCACACCUAAGGAGGACGAGAUGGCACUGACGUUCAUCACCUACAUCGGCUGCGGAGUGUCCUCCAUCCUGCUCGCCAUCACCCUGCUCACGCACAUCGCCUUCGAGAAGUUGCGGCGAGACUUCCCGUCGCGCAUCCUCAUGAACCUGUGCGCGGCGCUCCUGCUGCUGAACCUGGUGUUCCUGCUGGACCCGUGGCUGGCCUCGCUGGCCAUACCAGGCCUGUGCGUGGCUGUGGCGGCGCUGCUGCACUACGCGCUGCUCGCCUCCUUCACGUGGAUGGGCCUCGAGGCGCUGCACAUGUACAUCGCCCUCGUCAAAGUGUUCAACACCUACAUCCGCAGAUACAUCCUCAAGUUCUGCAUCGCCGGAUGGGGGAUCCCGGCGGUGGUCGUAAGUCUGGUGCUCGCGAUCCAGAAGGAUAUAUACGGACUCGUAGCGUACUCGCGCUCCACCAACUCCACACAAGACUCAUUCUGCUGGUUCCGGCACAACGGCGACGCAGCGUUCUACGUGACGGUGGUGGCCUUCCUGGGCGUGGUGCUCUGCAUCAACCUGGCCAUGUUCGUCGUGGUGCUCGUGCAGAUCUGCAGCAUGAAGAGCUCGCGCGGCGCCGCCGGCGACUGGCGCUCCGACGUGCUGCGCGACCUCAAGGGCUCCGUGUCGCUCACCUUCCUGCUGGGCCUCACCUGGAUCUUCGCCUUCUUCGCGUGGGGCCCCGCCAAUCUGCCCUUUAUGUACCUCUUCUGCAUCCUCAACACGCUGCAAGGAACAUUCAUCUUCGUGUUCCACUGCGCCAUGAAGGAGAAUGUGCGCAAGCACUGGCGCCGCUACCUGUGCUGCGGCCGCUGCCGUCUGCCCGACAACUCCGACUGGAGCCGCACGGGAACGAACUACACGAAGAAGCCGGGAGGCAACCAGGUGACCAAGUCGAUGUCCAGCAACUCGACCAACUCGAGCCAGGUGUCCACGGGGCCCAGCAGCUCCUCGCAGAGCUGCCUCGUGGUGCCACGCCGCAAGAGCAAUGCCGUGCGCUCGGAGCCCUCGUCCACCAUGUACGACAACGGGGAGCCCGUGUACAGCAGCAUCGAGGAGAGUACCGGCAGCGGUGCCGGCCAGCACGGCCAGCCCCUGGCGCACCUGCCCAGGGGGGGCGGCACGAGCUAGCCGACCACGCCACACAACCGCCACUUCCCUCCCCUUCGCGCCUCCUCCACAUCCUCCUCCCAGCCACUCGUCCCCGCGCCCUCCUAGGAUCUUGUAAAUAUCAUUGUCAUCCUCACAAUCGUCAUCGUCACGAUCGUUGUAGUCGCUUUCGUCCUCACGCCUCCUGCCGUGCGUGCGCGUGUCGGGUGGAGAGGCGGUUGGCACGCUGCGCUACGAACCCAGCGGCCCAAGUUCCGAUUUCUGCUAAUGGCCACCAACACCGGUGGCGAAUAUUUUAACCGGUCCAGGGCCUCGCCUAGGUUGACUCAAUUGAAUACCUGGCGCAGUGUGCAAAUAUCAGUAAUGGGGAGACAAAGGCGACCGAGCGUGGUGCUGGCCAUCUACCGCCUGGUGUGCCGUUUGCGGCCCCACCGGUUGAUAGAGGCCCGACGGGGGACCGCGUGUCGGGGCACCGGCGGCUCAAACUCCACCGCCGACCGGGAAAUCUGCGUGGCUCUAGGGGGGGGGGGGGUCCGGCUAAGGGAAGCGGAUGGAGGACUUGUUAGGACUGGUUAGGGGGUCUGGCUGUCUGGGGGGGGUCUGGCCAGCAGACUCCCCGGUGCCUCGCAGAGGUCAUGGCCCACGGCCCAGGGUUCGUGUAGGACGGUGCCGCACGGAGAGACGGUGCUGGGAGCCACGGGGACGGUGCCGGGCAAGCCACACCCCCUGCGGCACAGCCGAGGGAGGGAGCAGGGUUACACCGGACUCGUGAACUGGGUUUGAGUUGAGCCGUGGUGUCGGUGUCGAAUGUGCUUUGUGCGUGUGUCUGUGUACACGUGUGCGAGUGUGUGCCAUGUCUCUGUACAUAUCGUCCGUCUAUUUAUUUGUGAAAAAUGGCCACGGUUUCCGGGCUAGAGCUUCUCUCACACCGAGCGGGAUUCCUCUCCAGGGUGUCUGCAACUUCCACAAUCACUCUUCCAUGUCCGUGAUCACUCUUCAUUGUCUACGAUCACUCUUCAAUGUCUGUGAUCACUCUUCAGUGGCUGUGAUCACUCUUCAAUGGCCAUGAUCACUCUUCAAUGGCCAUGAUCAUUCUUCAGUGUCCACGAUUGUUCACCCAGGUCGGUCGUGACCAGUACGUGUAUCAGCCGGACUGGGAAGCGGGAUGUACCCAUCUAAUAGCAUGCGUGACCAUCGGUUAUUCACAGUUCAUGCAGAUGACACGCUAAUGAUGCAUUUAGGCUCACGAUGUAUUUAGGCCAAUAGGUAGGGGAAGGGUGUUAAAGAGUUAUUUGAACGUCACAGAUUUGGCCAGAUCGCUUCGUGGGCAACGUUAGUUUCCCCGCGGGCAACUCCGUUCCCAGGUUCCGCACGGCGAAGUGCGCUGGGACCCUGCAGGGGCACUGAAAGCUCCGUGCCAAUUCAGAGGAAGGUGCGGCCCUCGGGUGAGAGAGCACGCGCUUGCAUACCGCGGGAUGUGGGGCGCCGAUUCAAAUGAAUCACCGCACUUCGGGUCACGAGGGACGUGUUGUGCAAUCGGCAGGAGCGGGCGGCGUGCAAGUCGGAUGAACGGAGAUCGGCGAAACACGGGACGGGGGGGGCGCGUGCCAUGUGGGCGUCGUGAGGCCUGGAGGCUCGUGCCAGACGUCUAAUUGUGCUCUGUAGGGCGGCUCGCAAUUGAAACAUUGCAAGUUCAAAUCCCGGUAUGGAGUGGACCCAGCCCAUCUUGCCACCAUUCAGGGUCACGUUCCCAAAAGCCCUCGAUCAUUACUGUCAUAACGAGCUUCCCAUAAUUUCAUUAUUAGGUGGCUUUGUAAAUGUUGUCGGGGGAGGGGGUAUUAAGGGGGGGGGGGGACCCGAGGGACGAAAUGUGACGUCACGGUUCCCAGCCAAGGCUGAAAACCUGUCGGGCUUGUGCCGUUGCGUAACGUGUGAAGACCACGCGUUCAAACCCCCCAGUGUAAUGCCCGUAAAUUACUAAUAUUUGAUUGUAAAAUAACCUAAAUUAUUACCAUUAAGUGCAUUGCGCCUAUAGCGUCCCCCACCCAUCCUCCCGGCUGUAGCAUCGUCGCGUCUUGCCCACACAGUGUUCAUUGCGUGACUCCUACCACCCUCGUACUUUUCAAAGACAUCAUUGCGGGGACCCCAAUGCCCCUCCCGCCACCAGCGAAUUGUUCCAAUCGAACCCUUUCGUUGCACGAGAUUGUCGCUGAACGAUUCGUAGUUGACUGUGCGUUAGGCCACCCACGUAGUCAUGAUUCGGUCAAAUUUCGUGUCGCGAAACCCACCAUCACCUGACGCAAGUAAAUUCAAUUGUCCACAG